UGAGUAGCAAUUACAAUUGUUCGUUUAGUCAUUUUAAAAGAUCGGAAAAAUUUCGUGUUGAAAAAUGUUUGCUAUAAUUUUUACUUUUGCACUUAUAAUGGCGUAUACAGUCGCAGAAAUGCCCUCUUAUAUUCACGUAUGUGGUCGCAAAGAUCCGAAUCUCGAUAAAUGCAUCGUAAACAGCAUUUAUGACUUGAAGGAGCCAAUCUGUAAAGGAAUACCGGAAUUGAAUAGUCCACCACUUGUGCCAUUUUCUGUUGAAAAAAUAACUAUUUCUGACACCAAUAAUGCUAAAUUAUAUCUUAAAGAUACACAAAUAACGGGACUUUGCGAUUUUAUUAUAAAUUCUUUCCACAUAGAUAUUGAUAAACUCCAUUUCAAUAUGGAAUUGUUAUUCAAGCACGUUAAUUUAAACGGUACCUAUGAUUUUGAUAUAAAAGUACUGGUACCUUUUGUUCAUAAAGGACCAGUUUAUCUUACUGCAGAUGACGUAGGAGCAAAAGUAGAAGUAGAUAUGAAACUAGUAACCAAAAAUGAUAAAAGAUACAUGUAUCUAUCAAAAAUAAACUUAAAACUUAACUUUAAAAAGUUGGGCUACGUAUUUGACCUAAACGAAAAUGAAUCAGCUCAAUUAAACGAAAUUAUUAGCAAUUUCUUUGGCAGCAAUGAAGAAGAAUUUAUCAAUAAGGUUAAACCAUCAAUUGAAGCAGAAGUCUCUAAACAAAUACUACAUCUUGCAAACAAUAUUGUUAAACAGUUUACUUUCGAUGAACUCUUCCCUGAUCGAGAAUAA